AUGUUAAGAGUCAAAACAUGGUCUGCUAGUGUGUAGGCCUUCUGGUCGUUCUUUAUACAUGAAAUAUAUUAUCACUACAAGAUCUUCAUCCAUAUAGUACAGUGACGACCCAUUCAUAGAUGACUUUCAUCAAAAAUCAAAACAUUUCGCUCUCAGUAGUUAUUAUAAUCUGGAUUUUGCUUUUACUUCCUCGUGUGGAAACCGCAGUACGUUUCACUCACCAUCCUCCCAGUGUGCUGUACGUACAGACAGGACAAUCUGCCAGGUUCGUGUGGGAUUACACCGUUGACAACAGGAGCGUAGAGUUUGGUCUGAAUUCACCAGAAUGGAGGUUUUACGAUUCUCAGAACAGACGAUCAGUUAUUGGUAGUGAAAAUGGUACAAAUGGAUGGCAAUGGGCUAUCGAUUACAGCCAAUGUCCUACCAGGUUAUUAAUUCCUACUGUUCGAAUCAGUAAAGAGUCCACUGCUACUCUGGUCAUCUCUAAUGUCACUACUGCUGAUAAUGGUGUAUAUGCAUGUACUUUGGUGUUGUCAGCAGGAUCAUCUAUAGUUAGUAAAGUACAACUCAUCGUUACAGUUCCCCCAGGUCCUGUAACCAUAACAAUAGACGAUGUAGAAGCAUCAUCCAUAACUGUCAGAUGGACCAGACCUGCUGAUAACGGUGGAAGUCCUGUCACUGGCUUCAAGGUUGAAGUCAGUACCAGACCACCAGUGAUUACAGUGAAUACUCAUACUGUUAUAACAGGACUGAAAGCGAAUACACAGUACACGGUCAAAGUGUAUGCUCGAAACGUUGAUGGAUAUGGCAAAGAAUCAUUGAAGGUCAUCUCUACCAAGAAACAAGGCAAACCAGGUGUUCCUCAACUAACAAUAAGCAUCACCCAUACCGUAGAAUUAUUUGUCAGAUUGACAUGGACAAAACCAGAUGACAAUGGAGGAGAAAUCAUAAUGUAUACCAUUUACAUGAAAGAGAAAGAUGACUUUAAAUGGACAAAAGUUAUAUAUAUAAUUGAUUCAACAGUUCUGGAGUAUAUAUUUACAAAAAGUAUUCAAUACGGAAAAAACUGUACGUUUCUAGUGACUGCAUGGAAUAAAUACGGAGAAAGUGUUAACAAUGAUGUGAUGGCGAAGACAAUAUCCAUACCUCUGACUAAACCGACAACUGACACGAACACAAGUGGUUAUAAAGGUAACACUAUAACCAGCUAUAUAGACACAAGUGGAAAACACUCAAAAUUUCUUAUCGGUGUUGGUGUCGUAGCUCCGAUAUUUGUUGUUUUGCUGGUUCUUAACGUACUACAUUUUCUAUACACGUGGAAAAAGACCAAUGCCAAUGUGGAAAACGGAAGAAACACAAGUGAGGAAACGACAACUAAUCAGCAAGAAGUGGAUGGUCAAUCAUACGAAAACGCAAUCGAAUUAAGUAACACAUCAUUGUCGGCUAUAAAAUCGGGAUCUAGUCCAACAUUAAGUUCGGCCCCUGAACAAGAUGAAAACGGAAGAAACACAAGUGAGGAAACGACAACUAAUCAGCAAGAAGUGGAUGAUGAAACAUACGAAAAUGAAAUCGAAUUAAGGAGCGCAUCAUCGUCCGCUAUGAAAUCGGGAUCUAGUCCAGCAUUAAGUUCGACUUUUGAACACGAUUCUGUCGAAUUGCAACAACCACAUGGUGAUCAAAUUCAUGUCAAGACCAUUGUCAAUGAGAUACCCUGUACGUCUAAUGGACCAAGUCAUUAUCAGGAAUUGUUGCCUAUUAACACUUCACAGGACCACAAAAGACCAGUGUACGAACCUCUUCGUACAGGAGUCCCGCGUAAUGAUAGUGACAGCACAAUACCAGUGUACGAACCUCUUCGUACAGGAGUUCCGCGUAAUGAUAGUGGCAGCACAAUACCAGUGUACAAACCUCCUCGUACGGGAGUCCUGCGUAAUGAUAGUGGCAGUACAAUACCAGUGUACGAACCUCCUCGUACGGGAGUCCCGCGUAAUGAUAGUGACACCACAAUACCAGUGUACGAACCUCCUCGUACGGGAAUCCCGCGUAAUGAUAGUGACAGCACACUACCAGUGUACGAACCUCUUCGUACGGGAGUCCUGCGUAAUGAUAGUGGCAGUACAAUACCAGUGUACGAACCUCCUCGUACGGGAGUCCCGCGUAAUGAUAGUGACAGCACAAUACCAGUGUACGAACAUCCUCGUACGGGAGUCCCGCGUAAUAAUAGUGACAGCACAAAACCAGUGUACGAACCUCUUCGUACAGGAGUCCCACGCGAUGAUAAUGACAGCACAAUACCAGUGUACGAACCUCCUCGUACGGGACUCCCGCGUAAUGAUAAUGACAGCAGAAUACCAGUGUACGAACCUCUUCGUACAGGAGUCCCGCGUGAUGAUAAUGAGACGAGCAUGUACCAACCACUUGGUUUGAUAAACCAAGGUUCAAAUUAACAGACCCUGCAUGCUAAUGGGAAUGACAUAAAGUGCAUUAAACUAUAACUUUUCAUAUA